GUUCUGGAACAAAGUCUCUCGUUCCUUCCGUACAGUACCGUAGGGAUUGUUCUUGCAGUAGGGAUUGUUCUUGCGGAACAACUCGCCACAAAGAAUUUUUUUUUAGAACCACGAACCGCAAACUUCCAAAAACUCUUUUUGUUUUCCAACCAUGAACGAUCGAACGGGCAGCAAGAAGAGGCUGGCUCUGAUGGGCAUCCUCACGUGGGUCGCUUUUCAUCACCAACAGCAACAAUUCCUCAUGGUGGAUGCCGUCGGAACCAGGAGCAACGGACCAUCGAUCCAGCACCGUGUGAAGCGGUCGAAUCGAAGGGUAGGCUACGGGUACGGUGCUGGAGCAAAAACGAAUUCGAACGCGCGCAGAAACGUGCGCAGCCGUAGUAGCAUUAGCAGGGGAACACGUGCCGAAGAUUCCAUAAAUGACGAUUGGGAGCUGCGGAAAGAAAUCCAUUCCCAGGACGUAGUAUGGGUCUUUCACGCGCCAAGCAAUGGCGACAGCAGUAGUAACAACAACGACGAUGACAACGGCAAGAACCCAGCACACGCUAGAAAGGAUGAAACACCAGGGAGGAGCAACAACGUGCUUCGGUAUCUCUACGAUCAGUUUGUAGGGGAGAGAGUUCCUCCUUCKGAUAGCCUCGGSGCGGAAACGAACGAACUUCUUGGCAGGAGCAACGGCACAACAGAGCUAGAAUUCCAUAAUCGUUUUAAUUCGACUUCAAGUGGCGCACUGUUUCACAAUUCCGAAGAUUCCCACCCAUUCAUAAACAGCAAUGGCAAUGUUACUAGUAGCACCAGCACUGCUACUUCUACCACAACAACAACCACCACUACGACUACUACSACAACGAUAACCGGAAAUAUUACCGAGUCAGUUGUGUAUACAAACUAUACCACUGUGACCGAAGAUCACACACAAUCCAACGACGAACACUACGAGAACAACAAAACCAAUCCGAGCGCGGACAAGAACGUUCACCAUACCAACAACUAUGGAAACAACGGUGGGUACUCUAAUGACGGAAAUGCCGGCCAUUACGGCGAUAGCAGCGACGAUCUUUCCGAGGAUCACGGCAAUCAACACGCUGCGAAUGACACUUCCCAAGAUGAACACAACGAUGCCGGGGAGCCCCAGUUCCAGCCCCUCCGGAUGCGAGCGAUCCUGGCGGAGGAGAACUCGGACCAACGGAUCGGCCUGAACGCCACCGAGCGCGACAUUUUGUUCUACGACUUGCUGAGCCCGGCCCUCCUGGCCUGGAGCUCGUCCCUGCGCGUGAAUCCCGUAGUGGGGAACCUUACGGUUGACGUUCACCAGCUCGUGGACGGGGUCACCUGCGGGCCCGGGAUGGAUUCCGGCCUUCCGUCGAUCCGAGUCCCSACCCAGCACAUCGCCGAGGGAAUCCCGGAUACUGACAUGAUUGUGUACCUGAGCCUGGGGCUGUCGGACAGCGUUGGCAGCGGCAGCAAUGGAACGGAGAGCAACCAGACGGAUGCCAAGGCCAGCGGCCUCGACGAAGGCACGGAGGAUCACGGKUAUAAGUUCCGGUUCGAGAACGACCGAAAAUCGCAAGGCAAGGAAUCUUCCAUGGGAGACCGGCUCAAGGGGCACGUCAAUCAGGGAGAGGAUGGCGACGAUCGAACCAGACGAUCUCUGACUACGGUGAGGAAUUCCGAAGAAAACGGAUCGUCUUCGUCUUCGCAACCAAUGGACGACAAUUCCGCCGAACCGGACGGAACCACGACCAUCAACAUUUGCACUGGCUCCUAUCUUGCCGCCGCCUCUUAYUGCUCUACGGAUCAGUUCGAUCGGCCCACAGCUGCCCUGCUGCACAUUUGCAUCGACGAUCAUUUCUUYGAUACGAAGCACCGCCAGCGCAAUAUUAUGACGCUGGUCCACGAGCUCGGCCACGCACUGGGCUUUAACGCCAACUCGAUGGCCCACUUUCGGAGGCCCGACGGGACGCCCUACACGCCGCGAAACGAGGACGGAGACAUUCCCGAUACAUCCAUCCAAUGCACCGGUCCCGAGGACGAGCUCMGGGCGGCCAYGCUGCCSCUACCAUCGGAAGAAAUUCUGCGGUUUCGGAGCGUGAGGGGCGGGGUCAGGGUGGCGGAAAUUGUCACGCCUUCCGUGGUGCAGGUKGUGAGGAACCAGUUUGAUUGCCAGGAUCUCACGGGAGCGGAAYUGGAAAGCAGCGAGGGGUCCCCCCUGAGCCUCACCGACUUUGGGGCGGGUUGCAUCGGAGACCACUGGGAACGGCGCCUGUUUUCGAGCGACGUGAUGAAUCCCAUCGUGGACGACAUUGAAUACUCCACGAGGAUUUCUACCCUGACCCUGGCGUACUUUGCCGAUUCUGGGUGGUACCAGGUGGACCUUUCCAAUGCCGAUGUCGCUAGUGGAUGGGGCCGGGGGGCGGGAUGCGAGUUCGUCAAGGAUACCUGCAUCAACGAAUACGGCGACGUCCCCCCACACAACGCUCCCUUUUUCUGCAACGAGGUGCCCGACGACCGCAUCCCCGGAUUGAGUCUGGCACAGAACAUUCACGGKUGCACACCGGACCUAUCGAGAAAGGCGAGGUGUUCGAUCGGUCAGUACGAUCUGGACCUCCCCAAGGCCUACCAGUACUUCAACUCGACGUACGGCUCGAAGGUAGGGGGGUCCGACGAUCUAAUGGACUUUUGUCCCGUCUACGACGGAUACGACAACGGUCUCUGUUCCGAUUCCGAGAGCGGAACCGUGAUCCGAGCCAACGAAAUCGAGCGCUUUGGAUUGCGCAACUCGAGAUGCCUGGUGGGAAACGUCCUGCCCUUUUAUCGCAACACCGCCCUGUGCCUCCCAAUUGCCUGCGUCCUGGAAGACCGCAGCCUMCGGGUAAAGCUGGAUGAGGAAUGGUACAUUUGCGAGCACGCCGACCAAACGAUCGAGUCCGAAACGGUGAACAUCAACUGCCCGGACCCGCGCCGUAUUUGCCCCACCUUUUUCUGUCCCUACGACUGCCUGGGGACCGGCGGAGAGUGCGAUUACAAUAGCGGGGAAUGCCUGUGCCGGUACGACGACGAGAUGAAUCCAGGAGAGACCGUCCUGGAACCCUGCGAUCUGGUAGAAGAGAUCCGGGAAACCGAAACCAUUGCGAUGUCGACGAGAGCAACCACCACGCUGCGCCCUAUCUUGCACGAAACGGGGAAGAUAGAUGCCCUGAUGCCUCCCCUGGACACAAAGAUUUCCGAUUAUUACGUGCCCGACGUCCUGCACCUGGAUGCGGAGCCGCGKCUCAUCGACGCCUGGAUGGUGCUCAUUCUCAGCAUCACCUCGCUGGUCCUGGUAUCCUUGUUUGUGGCCCUUUUUCUUUCCAAAAAAUCCWUGCGAGAUGGCUCCCUUGCGGCCUGCAGCCGUUUUAGGUUUUGCAGGCGGCCUCGACCRGACGAGGGCGACGACGACGGUAUCGGACGGGGAGGAAGCCACGACGGCAACCGCGACAAGGACAAGAUGGUGGCAUCGGUGCUGGUGGACAUGCGGAUCCGCCAGAACGAUGCGGCCAGGAGCAUUCGCCGCUGGAGGCGGAGCGGAGCCCUACGGACGGACCUGAACGACAGCCUGGCCGAAACCGAUGGCCGCAUGACGGAUUCCGAWAUUGCCUCGUCGGCCCCCCCGGCGAUGAGCGACUCGCUGUCGGAAAUCUCCAGCCGGCAGAUGGUGCUGGAUGWGAGCAUGGACCUGUCGUCAGACUUUGGAUCAGACGGCCUCGGGGACGAGGGAAAACCCACCGGAGAAGAACCGCCGCCAUUUCCGCCGGAGUCCCCGACCCAGAUGGUGCGGAGACGGUUUGUGGGAAACCUGUUUUCGUAGCGAUGGGUGGAUGCCGUUCCGUUCGUGUUGGUCCGUUKCAGGGAUGCCGCACACCUACARAGAUUUAACAUUAUCACYACCCUUACGUACGCAGUUUUUCRUUGCAACAAAAUUAGUCWYGAACCACCAACGAUUCGGCUUCUACUGUACUCUUUAUUGCCAAAAUGAACAGGAGGGAAGCCUCGUCCAACCCGAGAAGAAUUCCGGGRAGKGAGGWGAGGCAUAGUGCCAACACAUGGCUCGACAAACAAGAAACGCGAUGUCCAGUGUCGAMUGUUCUUACCUGUGUACCYGGCGUAUCACAUUCGGCAGGAAGAACCGAAAGAGUUUGAUUUUGGAAACGCAGUUCACGAAAGUGAYUGCGUUUYUWCUUUUGACACAUUCCRUGGUAGUAAUUGGUGUUGGAGCAAAUUCAAGAUUUGUGGACUGCUCUUCCCUUGGGUACACAAUCAUAGCAUCACUUGUACYACAAACAACAAUGGCUUUUAUGAAAGAUUUGGUACCAAGGGAAGUUGUUUCACUYGAGAACUGUGGUUGCAAUCAUUGUUCUUAAUUCUAUAUAGAACUAGUAGCACUACUACCAGUACCAAGAAGAAAGGCUUCCCUUCCUAUUUCUUCUUGCAGCGCUACCAAAACCAAACUAGUUCAACGAAAUUGAGAAUGGYAUUAGUUAAUUUAUCACACGGAUGGGUUGCACCAAAAACAGAAGCAUUGAAAUUGCCCGAUUAUUAAGCUAAAUUGUCAAGGCGCUACCUCGUACUAGUAUUAAUGCGUAUUCUAKGACGRAGAGUUACAUGUUUACUGUUUCAUGGUGUUACCAAUAAUUGUUACUGUUGAAU